GUGGCACGUCCAUCAUUCUUCCGAUUAAUCGAAACACUUUUCGGCGCCUUCUCAAGAGAGUUUUCUGUUUUUAUCUAUUUUUACAAAAUGCACGCUUUUCUAAAAACCGGAAAGACUACAGGACUCCCCAAAGUUCCCAGUGAAGCUUCAACAAGUGCUGGAAAAGAGCGAAAAGUAGUUCCACGGCCAUGGGUUGAGAAAUAUCGCCCCAGAACUGUGGAUGAUGUGGUGGAACAGGGAGAAGUUGUGGCUGUACUUAAGCAAUCUCUGGAGAGUUGUGAAUUGCCAAAUUUGCUUCUCUAUGGCCCUCCCGGAACGGGAAAGACAAGUACGAUCCUUGCAGCUGCUCGUCAACUUUUUGGAGAUCUCUCCAAAGAUCGCAUCCUGGAGCUCAAUGCAUCGGAUGAGCGUGGAAUAGCUGUUAUCAGGACAAAAGUGAAGAAUUUCGCUCAACUAACUUGCAGCUCUGUGCGGCCAGAUGGGAAACCUUGUUCUCCCUUCAAGAUUAUCAUUCUAGAUGAAGCAGAUUCCAUGACUCAUGCUGCUCAGGCAGCUCUCCGUCGGACAAUGGAGAAGGAGAGUUCUACAACGAGAUUCUGUCUGGUCUGCAACUAUGUGUCCAGGAUCAUCGAACCAAUCACUUCCCGAUGCACAAAAUUCCGGUUUAAGUCUUUAGGUCAUGAUAAGAUUGUGGAACGCUUGAAGUUUAUCUGCCAGGAGGAGAAAGUGAAGGUUGAUGAUGAUGCUCUGGAAGUGAUUAUUGAGUGUUCCGGAGGUGAUCUCCGGCGAGCCAUAACAGUUCUUCAGUCCAGUCAUCGGCUCUUUGGCACUUCAGAGGAGAGUAUUACCAAGGAACAUGUCCUGGAGAUCUCUGGAAUUAUUCCACAGCAAUUCUUGGAGGAGUUUCUGGAUAUCUGUCGCUCCCAGGACUACUCCAAAUUGGAGAAGUAUGUGGAGAAUCUCUCUUUUGAGGCUUACAGUGUUGGGCAACUCCUUGAGCAACUCAAUGAUUUUGUCAUCAAUCACAGAGAGCUCAGUAACAAGCAGAAAUGCAUCCUGGGAGAAAAGAUUGCAGAAUGUUCCUUCCGGAUGCUCAAUGGAGCUCUGGAAUACCUCCAAAUCAUGGAUCUGGGUUGUACAGCCAUUUUGGCAUUCAAAAAUAAUCCCUGAAUUGUCAAUAAAAUGUUUUUAUUUGCCAAAAAAAAAU